CUUCUCUGCCUGUGAUUGCUGCCUUUGAAGAUCUUCACAUCUUCCCUGAUGAUCUAAUUUGCGCGCAGAGGGCAACAUGGCACAGGGUUCUCCAUGUGCUCUCGUUCUGUGCUCCUCUAAAACGCUGUAAAUGUGAGCAGAAGGAGAGACGUCACUUCUUCCACUUUUUUCAUCCCCACCGUGCACUUUCCCACCUUUUCCUACCUCCACCAGCUCACCUUCAGUUCGUUUUCUUUCACCUGCUGUUUCUUCGGCUCGGGCACCGCCGCACCACCAGCGCGCACUUCGGCACAUUGGAUGCACCUCAACAUCGGAAAGGGGGGAAAAGUUUGUCUGCGCUUUUUGAGUUUCUUUUUAAAAUAAUUAUUAAAGUCCUCCAACCACCAGGAUGAGUGUCAAAUCCGACUCCGAGCCCAAUAACAACGUUGUUGAAGAGGAGGUGCGAACACUUUUUGUAAGUGGCCUGCCAACAGAUAUCAAACCUCGUGAACUCUACCUCCUAUUUAGACCAUUUAAGGGUUAUGAAGGUUCUCUGAUCAAGUUAACAUCAAAGCAGCCUGUUGGGUUUGUAACCUUUGACAGUCGGUCUGGCGCUGAAGCAGCAAAAAACGCCUUAAAUGGAGUUCGGUUUGACCCUGAGAACCCGCAGACCCUCCGUUUAGAGUUUGCUAAAGCCAACACGAAGAUGGCAAAGAGUAAGCUGAUGGGUACGCCGAACCCCACAAAUAUCCAUCCAGCUCUAGGGGCGCACUUCAUAGCACGGGACCCAUAUGACCUGACUGGGGCAGCACUGAUUCCUGCUUCUCCAGAGGCCUGGUCACCAUACCCUCUGUACACAGCAGAGCUGAGCCCUGGCCUACCUCACACUGCUUUCACCUACCCUGCUGCUGCUGCAGCUGCCGCAGCCCUCCAUGCCCAGAUGCGUUGGUAUCCAGCAACAUCAGAGUCUUCCCAACCAGGAUGGAAAUCAAGGCAGUUCUGUUAAAGAUGGUAUGAAGAAUGGCAUUGACUUCAAAUGGAGUGAAUGUAUUACAGCCCAUACUUGAUUCAUCAUGACCCUUUGGAUUGUGAAGAGUGUUCUCCAUCUUUUUGAACAGGUGGCUGAGAUGGUACAACCAUACUAGCACUUGCCAGAGUUAUGAAAUGUUUUGAAUAAGUAAUGAGACAAGGCUGCUCCUUUUUUUUUUUUUUUUUCUUUUUUUUUUUUUUAAAUAUAAAUAUCCUCCCUUCUCUCCCUCAGUUCAUGGUCUGACUUGUUUUUUGGGGUGUGGGGGCGUAAUGUGGGUGGUGGUAAACUGAUAUAGGUUUUGUGCCCCCUUGUCAUGUGCAUUACUCUUUGGCUUGGUGUAAUCUAAUCAUUUGUGUUUACCUUAGUAUUUUGUGUUGGAUAUUAAGUAGUGGCCAGCUCAGUUUAGAAGGUUUGGGUAUCUGCUCUGACGGCUUACGUAAGCUGAUUAUGCAUAAACUAUUAUUUUACUGUGCCAUCUUGUCUAGGCUUGUAAAUGUUUCCAUAUGACCGCUUGAUCUUGCCAAAUACAGACAAUACAAGUAUAUAGUAGAACAUGUGGGGCGAAAGAGUGCAAUUAAAUAAGUAAUCUAAGUUAUUGUCUUUUUGUUUAUUUACUGAUUUAAUAUCCUAUAGAACAGUUGUAGAACUGUGUUUUCCUUUGUUAGACUUGUCAGCAUGACAAAUCUAACACUUUGUGGGUGGCAGAUUAAACUGUUAACCUUAGAUUGCUGUAGAAAGAUGUCUGCUGGAUGAUGGUGAAUGAAGAUAAAAAAAAAUGCAUGAAGGGGUUUUAAUGGAUUAUAGUACAUAUGGUCAAUAUUGACAAAUUUAUUUGUAAAAAAAAAUGUAAAAUUGUAUUAUAGUAAUAAAAUGUUAAUGCAUUA